AUGCACAUCCUCGACCUUCCGGCCGAGCUGCUCAUCGCGAUCAUCGUGCACCUCCCUCGCCACCCCGAGAAAGACUACACGACAGUCGACGAAUCCUUGCGGAAUCUCGCAGGCGGCCACCUCACGCCCCUCUCGCUCGUGUGCUCGACGUGGCGACGCGUCGUGCAAGGCACCCCCUCUCUCUGGGCCCGCAUCACCCUGCAUGGGCCCGUGUGGGAAAUCUCGCUCCGCCGGGGCAUGCACAUUCUGCGCACCUCGCUCUCGCGCGCAGACACGCAUCCACUCGACAUCGUCGUCUCCUCACCGCCGCACCGUCCGGCGCUCGAUCUGCUCGCAGCGCGCGCAGAGCAGUGGCGCACGCUACGCAUCUUCUGCUAUGCCCGUGAUCUGCGGUAUCUUGGCUCGCUGGGCCGGCGUUUCGCGGCGCUGGAGAGUGUGGAUGUGCGGGUCGACGGUCUGCGCUGGGAUGGGGGAGGCCCGGUCUCUGAAAUGGAUCUUUUCGAGCACUCGGUGAAGCUGCGCGCGAUCUCCGGGUCCUCUGCGUACAUCCUGCGUUUGCCGUCGCUGCGGGUGGAGAGAUUGCUUUUCAUUCGCCUGGACGAGAUAGACCGGAUGAGUGUGCCCCGUAUCCCUUCCACGAUGGCGAGACUUCCUGUGGGAUCGACGUGUGUGCUGUCCUUCGCGAACUGCUCGAUCUUCAUCGACAAAUCCGUCUCCAAUCCACCACCACACGCGACUUCGCUCUCGCAUGUCCGUGCACUCCAUCUGCUGGAGCUCGAUCGCGGCAACAGCUGGCAUAACAUCAUCAGCAACCUAACGCUGCCUGACCUGGAGCACCUCUGCCUCUCGACUCAAGACGGCCUGCGGUCCACACGGCUCGCCGUCCAGUGGGCGGCGUCGGUGUUCCUGAGCCUGGCGAGCCGAUCGGGUUUUGGUCCUCGACUCCGCACGCUGUGUUUGCAGGGCGUGUUUCUCCCGGAGAGGGAUCUCAUAGCGUGUCUGGAAGCCUUACCUGUCCUUGAGAGUCUCGCGCUGGCGGACCAUCUAAAUGGUGUCACGUCCGACCUGACCAUGUCCCCGGUCUAUGCGGUCACCGAUCGGCUUCUCGGCGAGCUCACCAUGCGAGCACAGACUCUCGUUCCUUGUUUGCGUCUUUUGCACUGUCGCACAUUGCUUCGGUUCCAUGCCCAAUCCUUCUUGGCAUUUUUGGUGUCUCGCAUGAUAGAUGGCGCCUGCUUCGCAUGCAUUCUGGAUCAGCUCGGUGGCCCGCAGGAUGAGGUGCCUGUUGAUCUGGUCGAGAUUGAGAUACUGUGCUCAACGGGGAAGCUCGCUUUCACGCUCAGCAAUCGGAGCCCAAGCGUUGUAGCCGCAUUCGAGGUGUCACACGACUAG